AUGGCUGCUCCAGGAACGCCGGCGGCUGGUAACAACGAGGAGAAGCCGCGUCUGCCAUGGAAGGUUCCAGGAGCAUCCUACUCGGCAGGUGUCGGCGAAGUAGAUGCAUCCCGAGCCGAAAAGCGCACCAACCAGUGGUUGGAACGUUCCCCCGCUUCAUUCCUGUCCCCCCUGCCAUUCAAUCGGCCUGAUACACCGGCACAGAAAAACCGUGCCUAUAUCAGCAACGACUGGAGGAAGCCUGAUCCCACUCUUGCUCGUCAUUCUUCCUCCUUCUUCCCCUUGCCCACUCGCCACCCCGACCGGUCGUCACAAAACGGGUCUCCGAAAGCUGGACUGUUGGCGGAGGGUGAGUAUACGCCUGGUCGGAUUGUGUAUAUCCGACCGGAUCCCAAGAAGCAGAAGGAAGACAAAGAGAACCCACAGGGGAAGGAGAACGGCAAGAAUGGAAGCCCAAAAGGCGGCACAGAUGCGAGCACAGGGAUCCAAGAUCAUCCCGCUGUCAUCUUGUGGUCGCCGGAAGAGGAUGGGCUCGUACCGAUUGUGAACAUCACCAGUUUCAGAGGCAAAGAUGCCAAUGAUAAAUGGAAGGAUGCCAAAGACAGGGAUGCCUACGUGAAUAUGUUCCCCGUCAUCGCGCAUACGGAUGCUCCAGCCAUCGAUCUCGGCUCCGAUUCGGAACGCCUUAUUCUCCACCUCCAGGAAAAUAAGGCCAUGGCCAAGCAGAGCUAUGUGGAUAGGCGCCAAGGCGUGUAUAUGUUGAAGAAGGAUUUGCUAGCGAAAUUUCUCCACAAUGGAGAUGGAGAGCGGCAUCUUGAAGAGGAGUCGCUCAUGAAGCUUCGGGCGAAGCUCGAAGAACCACUGCCGUCACUACAAUCAUCAGCAAGCACGACGGCAUUGGCGGCGGCAACAAUAACACUACAACUGUCACCACCAUCCCGGCCCGGCCUAAUCCCUUCGUUGACCUCGGAUGCAGCUCCCAGACAGGGGCAGUGGUAG